AAUCCCAGAAAGGCCCACCACCUUUACCACAAGGGAGAUCUUCACCUCUGGACAAAAGAAAAAGGGAAGAUAAGGGGACACCAGACUACGAUUUCUGAGCAUGGAUCCAAGCAUCCCAGCCUUGGAUACAGAACUGACACCAAUUAACGGAACUGAGGAGACUCCUUGUUACAAGCAGACCCUGAGCCUCACGGUGCUGACGUGCAUCAUUUCUCUUCUCGGGCUGACGGGAAACGCGGUUGUGCUCUGGCUCCUGGGCUGCCGCAUGCGCAGGAACGCCUUCUCCAUCUACAUCCUCAACCUGGCCGCGGCAGACUUCCUCUUCCCCAGCGGCCACGUUAUACGUUCCGCCUCACUCCUCAUCCAUAUCUGUCAUCCCGUCUCCAAAAUCCUCAUUCCUGUGAUGACCUUUCUAUACUUUACAGGCCUGAGCUUUCUGAGUGCCGUGAGUACCGAGCGCUGCCUGUGCGUCCUGUGGCGCACUUGGUACCGCUGCCGCGGCCCCACACACCUUUCAGCGGUCGUGUGCGUCUUGCUCUGGGCCCUGUCCCUACUGCGGAGCAUCCUGGAGUGGAGGUUCUGUGACUUCCUGUUUUGUGAUGCUGAUUCUGUUUGGUGUCAAACAUCAGAUUUCAUCACAGUCGCGUGGCUGAUUUUUUUAUGUGUGGUCCUCUGUGGGUCCAGCCUGGUCCUGCUCGUUAGGAUUAUCUGUGGAUCCUGGAAGAUGCCGCUGACCGGGCUGUACGUGACGAUCCUGCUCACAGUGCUGGUCUUCCUACUCCGCAGCCUUUCCUUCGGCAUUCAGUGGGCCCUGUCUACUGGGAUCCACCUGGAUUUGGAAGUCAUUUUCUGUCGUGUCCAUCUAGUUUCCAUUUUCCUGUCCCCUCUAAACAGUAGUGCCAACCCUGUCAUUUACUUCUUCGUGGGCUCCUUUAGGCAGCGUCAAAAUAGGCAGAACCUGAAGCUGGUUCCCCAGAGGGCUCUGCAGGACAUGCCUGAGGUGGAUGUAGGUGGAUGGUGGCUUCCUGAGGGAACCCUGGAGCUGUCGGGAAGCAGAUUCGGGCAGUGA